UGAUAUUUUCCAAUAAUAUUAGGGAGUUACAAAGUAUGAUAAAUAGGCUGCAACAGUACUGUUUUCGAUGGAACUUAGUAUUAAACAAAGAUAAAUCUAAGAUUAUGGUUUUUAGGAAAGGAGGUAGAUUAAGUCGAAAUGAAAAAUGGUACUAUGGUGAGGAUCCCAUUCAAAUUGUAAAUGAGUAUAAAUAUCUAGGGGUUACGUUCACUCCCACUUUGUCCCUCAGCAAACAUUUUUCAAGUAAGCUAACAUCAGCAAGAUACGGUAUUAAUAGUUUAUGGCGGAAGUUUAUAGGCAGCGAAGAUGUACCGUUAUCCACUAAAUGGCAAGUUUUUGAGACAGUGAGUAGAACAACUAUCACGUAUGCUGGUCAGGUGUGGGGGUAUCAACGUAGGGAGGAUGUAGAAUGUUUCAAUAGAUUUUUCAUGAAACGAAUGUUCGGGUUACCGCAGAAUACGCCCAACUAUAUUCUAUAUUUAGAAAGCGGGAGGGAUAUUAUGUGGCUACAGACCCUAAAAAUGCAUUUCAAAUACAUAUUAAAAGCACUUGCAUUACCUGACCAUAGAUACCCUAAAAUAUUAACAAGCUUAGUGGUACAGAGUAAUAGUGGCUGGUGUAGUGAAUGGAAACAAUUAUUUAAUCAAUUUAAUGAGGGAUGGGUGGACCCUAUAACUCAGCCAGAUCGGUGGGGGAUGACGUGCGACAAUAUAAUUGAUAAAAUUCGCCGUAAUGUACUGGGAACUUGGUGGGAGAAAGCUUCAAAUUCUCAGUUUCAUCAAAUAUAUUAUACGUUAAGAACCGAUAACGCAGUUAUGAAAGAUUAUUUAAACGACUCAAAUAAAAGAAGGAUGAUUAACAUAAUUUUCAGAGCGAGAGGGUCAUUAUUGCCCUUGAAUUUUAGAGUAGAUAGGGGGGAAAACAGCUAUAUUUGUUCACUAUGUAAUAGUCAAGAAAUUGAAGAUAUUUAUCAUUUUAUAGGAAAAUGUAAGGUGCUAUCAGAGUACCGAGUAAAAUGCUCGUAAUGUGUGAGUAAUGUGUAGUUCAUCUCUAGGCCUAUAAUAAUGAUUCAGGUUUC